UCGCCCAUAGUCCCGCUCGCUCCACCAUGCCGUCCAGGCGAUCUACCUUGCUAUCUUUCUCCUCCUCGUUCCUAGCUAACGGUAACUCAGUCAUACGCACCAUUCUCAACGGCUUGCCCACUUCAAUCAAAUCUUCAGCACCAUCGUUAUUCUCUAUCAGUUCUCCACGUCUUCAGCCACGCCAAGCUAGAGGGCGUUCCCUCCCCAUCGCAGGCCCAUCACUCCUCCAUCGCACGCAUUACUAGCGCUGGAUGCGAUGACAGGGAUCGUCCUCAGCGGCGCCGAAAGCGCCGUAGAUAGGAUGCGACCCCCCGAGUUCGACGACUCGCACUCCACCACGCCCAACCCCUCAUCCUCUAGUGCGCACCAUUCCCCUUUCGAGGCGCUUCAGAAUGCUGGCGUCGACACUGCCAACCUCCCCAUAGACUUUUUGAACUCGUAUCCCUACCCGGCAUUCGUUCUUAUCUCGGCAGCACCAGACGCCAAUCACUUUCCGCCUCCCACAUGGGCACGGACCAAGUUCUCAUUUCUCAAGCCGCUCGAACCGGUGUGGGCGAAUCGGGAGUGGAAGCGGUUGGCAUGUAGCAGCGCCCUCCUUGAUGGGUUGUCGGUGGAGGAGGCGCGACGGCUGGCCAUCUGGUUGGGCUCGUCGCAGCCGGAGCGCGAGAAGGCAGAGGUCGACCUUGAUGAUCCUGGGGGGUCUCACGACGACGCAGUGGCUGCUCCGUCUGCUGAGGCUAGUCUCACUCUCACGUUUGCCUUUGGGGAGAAGCGCGUUGCGCUCCUCCUCUCCAAAACACACCUGUCCCUCUAUCAGCUCGUCGGGGGGCAACGUUCGUUGUCCCCAGCGCACGUGUACGCUGUUGUGACGGCCACACCCCUGAACAGUCCAACUGUGCCCGAUCGCUCUGACCGCGGUCUGUCUACGAUGUCCAGAGCCACUACCGCUGCUGCGGAUGGAGAUCCGCCACCGCCACCGCCACGGGGGCGGCCGCGCGAAGCAUCACGUGAGGAAGAGCGACGCGGCCCACGGAAAGACGACGUCUAUGCCAAUAAUGACGGUGACGACGCGGUCCGCGCCAACCACUGGGAUCCCGCGCGCCCGCUCUACGUCUUUCGAGACGGAUCAGUUGUCCACGGUCCACUGCCAGAUCGCACGGAACAAGGCAAGGUGUCAGACGUCGUGGCGCUCCUCGAGAGCACAGACUGGUCUGCCACACCACUGGGGCGGCGGGAGUCAUGGUCUUCGUCACUCCACAAUUCUGUCAACACCGCUAUGGCGUGUCCGCUCCCCGUCGCCGUGUGGUGGGGCAAGGAGUUCACGUUGAUCUACAAUCAGCUGUACGCCGACAAAAUAUACGACCAUCCCGAGGCAUUCGGCCGGUCGGGGCCUCAGUCGUGGGCUGAAUUAUGGCGGUAUUUGGGCUCGCUGAGCGACGUUGUGUUGACAGGAACGACUGUUUUGAAGGAAGACGAACUUUUCUUGGAGAAGACUCGCCACUGUCCUCGUUUGCGGGAGGCGUAUUACUCACAAUUGUGGGCACCUCUCAAAGAUGCCACAGGCGAGUAUGCAGGGCUCUACUUCACACUCCACGACACGACGCUCAGAGUAUUGGCAGAGCGACGUACGACUGUGCUGCGUGAUUUGGCUGAGAGGGCGUACACAGCACGGUCGAUCAAGGAGUUCAACGAGACACUCCUCGAUACAUUGGAAGCCAACCCGCGUGAUGCGCCGUUCGCUCUCAUUUUUCACGUCGAAUCGACUACCUCGAACAUCCAACCUCGAAGCGUGGGCAGCCGCGCCAACUCGCUCCGCGGUCCUCCCACUUCGACAGCGCGCCUGCGGUAUGGCGGCGGCGUUGGUGUGCCCGACGGACAUGUCUCUGCCCCACAAACGUGCACCGUCGAACUGCUACCCGGCGAGCAACCCACGAGCGAGAUGAUGGCUAGCGCUUUCACGACGCUGGAAAUAUCCCCCAGCGAAGCAGGGCAGCCAGCAUCUAAACCUAACUACACGCCAAUGCGGCGGGGCAUUUUCCGAUCAGAUGCGACGCACGAGUCGAGCUCCGUCAAAAUCGAGCCCGCGCCGGCCGACGAGUGGCCGCUUGCCGAAGCACUGCGCGCCCGACGGCCCAUCAUUGUGAGGGACUGCUCCCGGAUUAUCAAGGGCUACUCCGUGCGUGUGUGGGAAGAGUUGCCGACCUCCGCCAUCGUUAUUCCCAUCACGAGCGCAGAUGGGGGAUUGCCGCGCGCUGUCCUUGUGCUGGGUCUCAGCAGCUGCCUCUCUUUUGACAUCGAGUAUCAGGCAUUUCUCCGAGCACUCCGGCUCCAGCUCUCUAUCAAUCUUGCAGCCGCGCGGUACUACCAAGAGGAGGCGAAGCGGAUGGAGGAGCUUGCGGAGCUUGAGCGAGCCAAAAAACUCCUCUUCGCCAAUGUUUCGCACGAGCUCGUGACGCCGCUGUCACUUGUCGCCGGCCCACUGGACGACGUUGUGGCAGAGCUGCCGGCGGGACGGCUGCGGGACGGCCUGAAAAUGGCGCGACGAAACGUACAGCGUCUCUCGCGCCUCGUCGGCAUGCUCAUGGACCUCUCGAGUCUCGAGGCGGGCCACAUGGCAAGCUCGUUCCGCCAUGUCAACCUCGGCGAGGUGACGCGCAAUGUCGCGGCAAUGUUCAAGCAAGCGGCAGACGCUGCGCGGCUCAACUACGUCGUCGACUGCGACAUGGAGAACCGCGAAGUGUACUUGGAUCGGGACAAAUACGAAAAGAUCCUCUUUACGCUUAUCGGGAAUGCGCUGCGGUUCACGCGGAAGGGAACUAUCCGUGUCACGGUCAACUACGAAGAUGGCACUGCCAUCGUGGCUGUGGCGGACACCGGCGUCGGAAUACCUGCUAAAAGCCUCGCGUUCGGCGACAAGUACCCCACCGACGACACUGCUAUCCAUACGCACGGGGGCUCGGGCAUCACUCUUCUCUUUACCAGGAAACUCGUCGAGCUGCACCAAGGCACGUUUAAUGUAGACAGCUGUACGGCGGAGGAGUCGCCUGAUGGCUCGCAUGGGACGAGGUUUACUGUCACAUUUCCGCUUGGAUACGAGCACUUGCCGCCAGGCGCAGUCGAGACCCCGCAUUCAUCCGCGGGCACCCCGUUGCAGCAGUUCCACCAGUCGGUCCUCGAUGCCAUGUCGCGCGCUCACUGGGGCUGGACGAGCAUUCCGAAAGAGGACCUAUUCCACAGCCCCUCGUCUGCCGCCUCCUCGCCCUCGGACCGUAACGCCCGGGGCAUCGACCCAAGCACGGUCUACUUUGACUCGACAGACGUUGUGCUGCUUGUCGACUCUCUGCCGGAUACGCGGCGAUACAUGCGCGCCAUCUUUGCACCGUUUUGCAAGGUUAUCGAGGCGUCUGACGGGCAUGAAGCCCUCGAGAAGGUCAAGGAGCACCACCCAAACCUCGUCAUUGCGGACGUCAUGCUGCCCAAGAUAAGCGGGUUUGAGUUGCUCACCGAGCUCAGGAGGGGCACCCCCGAGCAACAGAUGGUGCCGAUUAUCCUCCUCACCUCGAUGGAGGAUGCGCGCGCUGAUGGCGCCUUUGGAGCCGACGAUUACAUGCCCAAGCCGUUCAACGCUCGAGAGUUGAUUGCGCGCGCGCACAUGCAACUCCAGUUAGGCAAGAAACGGCGCGCCCUCGAGAGCGCGUUCGAUUUGCGCACAAAUGAGCUGCGGCUCCUGACCGAGUACUCGCCCGUUGGCAUCUUCCGCUGUUCCGAGGACGGCUAUGUGCACUAUGCCAACCAGAAGUGGCACGAGAUAUCCGGUUACCCACAGACGCAGCCCAUCACCAAUUGGGGCGACUAUGUGCAGGAGGACCAUCAGGAGCACGUGUCGCAAAUCUGGCGACAAUAUAUCGGGAAGCAGGCGGUGCACGAGACGGCCGAGUACCAGUGGAAGAACGGGCGCUGGUGCGCCACCACGGUCAUCCGGGUGAACCGCGACGACGCACCAGCGCACAUCAUCGGGUGCACCGUCGACAUCACGGAGAGAAAGACCAACGAGCGGAUGCAGCGCGAGCAAGUUCUCGAGGCGGAGCAGCGGCGCGCGGCGGCCGAAGAGGCGCGACGGCAGCAGGAGCUGCUAAUUGACAUUACGUCGCACGAGAUCCGCAAUCCGAUCAGCAGCCUAAUGCAGUGCGCGUCGCUCGUCAAAUCGAAUCUCUUAGCUCUGCAGGAGCAGAUGCAGCGUGCAGUCGACGACGAGACUGUGUUCCACCCGACCGACCAGCUCCUCGUCACGAUGGGCGAGGAUCUCGAGGCCCUUGACAGCAUAUACCAAUGCGGGCUGACGCAGGAGAGAAUCUCCAACGACGUGCUCUCGCUCGGCAAGAUCCAGCUCGAUAUGCUCCAAAUGUACGACACCGAGACCAACAUCUGCAAGGAGGCCCAGAAGGCCAUCUUCGUAUUCCAGAACGAAGCGCGGAUGAAGCGCCUCGACUUGAGCCUGAACAUAGGGCCGGGGUUCGAGCGCUUGGGUGUCGAGCGCAUUAUGACGGACCCCGUUCGCCUGGGCCAGGUGGUGACGAACCUUCUUUCAAACGCGAUCCGAUUCACAUCCAAUAGCCCCGUGCGGCGGGUGGAGCUGCGUGUUGACCUCGGCGUGGACCCGCCCGUGGAUGGAUGCGCUAUGCCGCCCCCCUCCGACCGCAAGAUCAGUGAGGACACGCAGCUGUACCUUUUCGUGUCGGUGGUGGACACGGGGCCGGGCCUAACGCCAUCCGAGCUGGAAGUACUCUUCCAGCGCUUCCGACAGGCUUCACCCGAGACGCACACGGUGUACGGUGGCUCGGGGCUCGGGCUGUUUGUGUGCCGCAAACUCACUGAGCGCAUGGGUGGGCACAUCGACGUCGUGAGCGAGCACGGCCGCGGCUCCGAGUUCCGCUUCUACAUCCGCACGCGGCCGUGUCUCACCACGCAAGCGCCGGAGCCCGAGAAUGCGAGCAACGAGAUCGCCGGCCCUUUCAAGCCUCACAUUCUCAUUGUGGAGGACAAUCUCAUCAACCGCACCGUGCUCAUGCGCCAGCUCCAGCACGUGGGACUCACAGUGGAGAGCGCGAGUAACGGUCUCGAGGCGCUGGAACGGCUGCGAGCGAGCCAGCGCUGGAGCCGGCGCACCAACGGCGCGUCGCCCUCCCUCCCCGCCCCCCACGCUUCUCCGGUUCACUCCAGUGCCCUGGGCAAAGGCAAAGGCAAGGCCAGAGACAAGGGCCACCGCCGCGCCAUCUCAGCCGCAGCGCACACGGUGAACGAGGCCGCGCCCAAACGCUUCGACUGCGUCCUCAUGGACCUCGAGAUGCCCGUCAUGGACGGAUAUACCUCUGUGCGCCUCCUGCGUGCUGAUGAGGCCGCUGGCCUCCUGGCGCCGACCAACGUCGUCGCGCUCACCGGGAACGCACGCCAAGCACAAGUUCCUGAAGCCAUGGCCGACUUCACCGAUGUCGUGGUCAAGCCGUACCGCCUCGACGACCUGUUGCGGACGAUUGACGACUCUAUCCGCACACACGCGGGCGAGCCGCGUAGCUCUGGCGAGAGCGCGCGCUCGUGGAUCUCGGGCGCGAGUGCCGACGCAGACACGGCGCAGCACAUCUCGCGCAUCAUCACGCCUCAGGCCCAGUCUGUGUAAUCGCCAUUGUUGUACCCCUACCUGUAUGUAAUGUACAUCUUGCAUAAUUGUGCCGCUACAGCACCUCGGCCCAGCCGAGCUGCACCCACCGCUCGACCAGGUCGUACCGCACCAAGUGCGACGAGCCCUUCGUGAGCUCGGCCACUUCGUCGCCAUCGAGCACGAGCUCGCCGCAGUCUUUGCGAAUGUAGAUGAGCACC